AUGGAAUUCUUUACUAAGACAUUAAGUUCAUUCACUGGGGGGUCUAUACCAUAUAAAUUGAAAGUUAAAGUAGUUGACCCCUUGGCGCCUACCACAUCAUUGGAUCGCAACUCAAUUUGGACAUUACAUGAUGGAAUUAAUCCAAAAGACAACUCACCAGUAUCUGUAUUUGAAUUCAAUUUGAAAGAUCCAGCUAACCAACAACGUAUUGGCUUGGCCAGAAAUUCAUUCAAGAAAUUGAAAUUAAUUAAAUUCCCUGGAGUAAUUUCCAUUAUUGAUUUUAUCGAGAAUGAUUAUUCAUUAUAUAUAAUCACUGAACCAGUUAAGCCUUUACUGAUCUACCUUGAACAGACUGGGCUCAAAGGUGAUACAUUGGUCGCUGGCAUUUAUUCAGUUGCUCAAAGUAUUUCUUUUAUAAACGAAGCGGCUAACUCAUUGUAUGGUGGGUUAAACUAUUUUUCUUCGGUAUUUGUUACGUUAGCAGGGGACUGGAAAUUGAUGGGGUUCGAAUUGCUAACCAACUUAACAUCUGACCCAGAUCAACCGAUUUACAGACUAGCAGGAUACAUGCCUAUUUCAUGGAAAGAAUAUUCUAAUGAUUUGGAUUCGGAGACUAUUCGCAAAGAUCCUAAAAAAUUUGACUCAUACAGAUUUGGUAGUUUCAUUAUGACUGUGUUUAAUAAUGGCGUUAUUGACACCAAUUAUAGCAAACUCCCUCCCAAGAUGGCAGCAUCUGUGAAAAGACUUUUACUGCAAAAACCAAAUUUAAGAAGUACAGUUACUAUGUAUUUGAAAGACUUGGAAUCAUGGCACAAACAAAACUCUGUGAUUAAAUUUACAGAGCAAGUCAAUGAAUUAAAGUUCUUACAAGAGUCUGAAAAAAUUGCAUUCUUUAAACACGAAUUACCAGAAUAUAUUAAAGAUGAUUCUUCAUUCCCACCAGGAUUAUUAAGUUACAAAUUGUUGCCAGAAUUAAUUAAUCAAUACAAGCAAUUAUCAAAAUCUCCAACCACAGACCCAGGGCGUCAAGAGACACUAUCCACUAUACUUGAUUUGACAAUCAAGUUUGGAACCAAAUUAGAUACUGAUGAAUUCAACAAAACGAUAAAACCAAUUAUUAUAGACAGUUUUGCUCUUGCAGAUAGAUCAAUCAGACUAGUGUUGUUGACACAUUUGCCAGAUUAUCAACACUUUUUAACCGAAACAGAUAUUCAAUACAAAAUUUUUAAUCAGUUGAUUACUGGGUUUCAAGACACCAACUUUAUGAUUAGGGAAACAACUCUAAAAUCAAUUACAAUAAUUAUUGAUAAAAUAUCAGUCAAACAGGUUAAUCAGGAGUUAUUAAGGAUAUUAGCCAAAUCCCAAAUGGAUCCAAAACCAUCAAUCAGAGUGAAUACAGUUAUAUUAAUCAUUAAAAUUUCCCUGAAAAUUUACAAAUCUUCGAAAAAUAAUGUUUUGAUUACUGCCCUUUCGAAAUCAUUGCGUGACACAUUUAUCCCAUGUAAAAUGACUGCAUUACAAGGUUUUGAGUCUUUAAUAGACGAAUUCUCGUUAGAAGAAAUAUGUUCUAAAAUUUUAGGUCAUUUAGCAAUUUCACUUAUGGAUAGGAAACUGAGUAAAGUCAGAAAAGAGGCAAAGAGAAUAUUCCAAUUGUAUUUGGACUCUGUGGAAUCACAUGCAAAUCUGUUACCAGAAGGAGAUGAUGAUGAAGACGAAGAAGAGCGUGAGUUUUUCAAAAAAUUCUCUCCUGCUAAUGUUCCUUCCACUAACACAGACACAGAUGGUGUUGCUUCAACAACAAAUACAAAUAACAACACUGCUUCAUCAUUUGGCUGGGGAAUGGUUAGUAAGUUCACGUCGUUGGGAGGUGAAAUGAAUAAAGAUUUCAAUCGUUCAACUCCAGAUAUAACUAGAGCAACCUCACCUACACUAGCUACUGGUGACAGUGUUGCUACUACUAAGAUUGAUGACAAUGGCUGGGACGACUUCAAUGAUGAGUGGGUGAAUGAUGAACCUGAUGUGGUUGAUGAACCAGAUGUCAUUAUAGAACCAACCAGAAAGAUCAAUUUGGGAAAGUCUACUGAUACAACAACCCCCAAAAAGUUGUCAUCAAAACCAACUCCUAGAAAGACUACAUCUUUGAAAUUGGGUUCCAAAGCAACUAAACCCAAGCAGACUUUGCAGUUGAAUUUAAAAGUGGACGAUGACGGCAAUGACGAUAAUUGGGGAGAUGGCUGGUAA